AUGAAACAGCAAAUCAGCUUCGAUAGCCUAUUGGCAGAAUUCGAGUCCCGACUGGGAGUGGAAGACGUGCUUACUCCGCAGACCAUAGAUCACACCAAAAUGAUAGCGUUAAUGGAGUCCUACACAUCUGAAGAGUCUGACUGGGAGAAAUAUGCCUACCAUGAUUCAUCCAGGAGCUACACGCGUAAUGGAGUCGAGAAUUUUGGUCACAACGCGAAUCUGCUGCUAUUGGUCUGGGAACCCGGGAAAGGCUCUUUGGUUCACGACCAUGCGGCUGCCCACUGUGUGAUGAAAGUGCUGAAAGGACAUCUCCAGGAAUAUCUCUUUUCGUCAGAAACUCUCAAACUUGAAUCCAAGAGAGAUUUAGGACCUGACUCUGUUGCUUACAUUACCGACGAACUGGGAUACCAUAAGAUGGUCAACGAGUCAUCCGAACUGGCAGUAAGCUUACACCUCUACACGCCUCCAUAUGCCAAACUCAAUGGCUGCAAUAUCAUAGACGAGGUGAAUGGAAGCAAAGUCAAGGUAAACAUGUCGCGUCUGCAUUCAUAUAAGGGAGUUUUGAUGAGAGAAGGUUGUGAUACGUGCUAG